AUUCAAGAUAUAUCCAGAGCCUUCUUUGAGACCAUGAGGGUUACCUGCAACCGGACCAAAUUACAUCCUUAGCCCAGGAUCACAGCAACUGGAGGAAACUUGUGGUCGCCUGCUCCGCAGCCGAAUGAAUGAUGAUGAACCCACACAGGAGAUCUGUCAAGUGGUGCAACCGUUCAACCUAUAUAUCUUCACCACACUUGUUAUAACCCUUCUUCACUUCUUGUUGUUUACAUACACACUUUCCGGUGGUAGAAAUCAUGUCAAAUCGAUUUAAUUUUAUUUCCUUUAGGAGGUUACGGUUUUAGUUGCACCUUUGAGGAAGGUCUGUGUGGCUGGUAUCAUUCAACGGAAGGUAACACUGAUUGGAAGCGCCAUCAAGGACCCACACCUACGUCUUACACCGGUCCUGCAUUUGACAGAACUAUAGGGGACCCCAGCGGUGUUUACUACUACUUAGAGGUCGACGGUUAUUCUAACAGUCACAAAGCCGUGCUUUUGAGCCCUGUCAUAGACCACGAGCAGUCAACACAACACCGUACAUGGUGCUUCAGUUUUUGGUACAACAUGUACGGGAGCUACAUUGGAACUCUGUAUGUCUACAAGGUGCCCGUCAGUGGGUCACUGCGUGAAGGUGAGGUUAUCUUCACGAGAAGCGGUCAGCAAACUGAUGAGAGAACGUGGCUUGAAGCUGAGCUGUAUAUUUCGAAUGUGACCUCCGACUUCCGCAUUGCAAUUGUUGCGAGACAUCAGUCGAGACAUUACGGUAGUUACAGUAGGGGGGAUAUCGCAAUCGAUGACGUACAAGCUAAAGCACCAUGUGCGGACUGCAACUUUGAGAGCAAUACCUGUGGAUGGAGCCAGUCUACCGAAGACGACACUGACUGGAUGUGUCAACAGGAGGGACCAACAGAAUCAGACGGGACUGGCCCAGAAUUCGACAGGACUAUAGGUGGUCGAACAGGCCAUUACUGCUACCUCGAAGCAAGUAGUCCACGCAGUGCCGGGGACAAUGCCGUACUUCUAAGCGGCACAUUCGAGUACAAUCCAGACUACCCUGGCCUAACGUGGUUUAUCAACUUCUGGUACAACAUGCACGGAAACACGAUAGGAACUCUAAACGUCUACCAGAUUCCUGUGAACGGAACGCUGGGUGAAGCAAACCGUAUUUUCUCAAGAGCUGGCGAGCAGACCAACGGAACAACGUGGCUUCCCGCUGAGAUAAAUAUAACAGACAUAACUUGGAGUUUCAGCUUAGCGAUCGAGGCCGUACGGGGGAGCGACUAUCAGGGAGACAUUGCAAUCGAUGACAUCACCACAAACAGUCAGGUGCUUCCGACGAGCAUGAAUUUGUCGGACUCCAACGCACACUACUCUACCGGUGACACGUCCUACCUCGUGAACGGAACAAACCAUCGCUUCAAAUGCUUGGUACCAGACAUUAACCCGGGGGCAUCAUUCAUUUGGACGUUGGCCGGUCAGGUGAUACCACAGGACACAACUACCCACACCGGGAAGCCUAACUUUUUAACUACAAGUACCAGCUACGCUACAUUGUCAGUGGACUGGUCCAUGCAUGGGGAAUCACUGAAGUGUCACGCGUCAAGCCACGAUGGCCAUUCUGGCGUGGAGGUUACAAUAUACCUCGAUGUUCAAGUUCCUCCAGUUGCAUCUUCCUUGUCGCUUUAUGAUUCUACGGGGACCAUUCUCGGACCCACUGCAGAUGUCAUCCAUGGUAUUCCACACACUUUUUCCUGUGAGGCACUUGGAACCAGACCGGCACCAAUCAUAGAGUGGUACCUUGACGACACCUUGCAGCACACUUCCUACCCAACCGAUGAAGCAGAUGCCGGAUUGGUCAAUACCACAGCAACUUGGACAUUUGCUCCUAACUGGGCCAAUCACGUUGAGGUUGUGAAGUGUGUUGCAAGAACUGCAGCUUCACGUGACCCAUACCCAUCAAUUUCGGUUACGCUUGCUGUUUUUGCCUACCCUGCGACCAUCACCUUAUCAGAUUCAACUGGGAACUUUCAAUCUACCGGUGGCACGGCAUAUAUCGUGGAGGGGCUGGAACACCAGUUUACCUGUGUCGUGCCGAACAUCGACCCAGGCGCUUCCUUCGCGUGGACGAUCGGUGACCAACACAUCACAGCCAACACGAACAAUCAUGACACUGGUACCCACGGACUGACCACCAGUACGAGUGUUGCUCAUGUGGUACCUACGGGAGCCUAUAACGGACUGGUGUUGAAAUGCAAGGCAUCGAAUGAGGAUGGACAUCCGGGUAUUUCCAUCAGUAUCACGCUUGAUGUUAGAGUACCACCAAAGGUAUCGGCCAUGUCGCUGCAUGACUCCAGUGGACCCAUCUUAGGAGAGACAGCCGAGGUAUACCAAGGCAUAGCAACUACAUUCAUCUGUGAGAUGCUGAUUAGACAAACGGCGGUGACAAUUAAGUGGUACCUAGACAACAUGCUGCAACGCACCGUCGUGCAACCACUUGCUGCAGGCGAUGGGUUCGUUAACACCACAGGCAACUGGUCCUUCACGCCGAGUAGAGACAAUCAGGGUCAGGAGGUGAGGUGUGAGGCAAGCACAGCAGAGUCACUGCAGCCGUAUCCGUCGGUCAUGGUUACACUGCACGUCAACGUUCCCCCGACAAGCAUCGUGUUAUCCGAUUUUAUCGGAAUCUACCCAUCCAGUGGAGGUGUGGCGUAUCUGGUAGAGGGAGCUGAUCGCGAGUUCACCUGCAUGGUGCCAGAAAUAGACCCGCAGGCCUCAUUCAAUUGGACAGUGGGAAGUCAGGAUAUUACUCUAGAUUACAUCACCAAUGUGACCGACGUGGAUGGGUUGAUGAAAAGCACGAGCGUUGCUACAGUGUCGGUGACUGGAUCUAACCAUGGCGAGGUACUGAUGUGUCUAGCGUGGAAUACAGACUUCUUACCCAGCAUCAAUAUCAGUGUGUUGCUGGAUGUCAAAGCCCCACCGAAGGCUUCCUUGAUGGCGAUGUAUGACUCAAGUGGAAAGAAACUGCAUGCUAUCGCCUCAGUUAAACCUGCUCCAGUUACAUUCACCUGUGAGGUACAGGGUACAAGACCAGGUGCAACUAUCGAGUGGUUUCUCGACGAUCAGUCGCAGCGCAAUGUUAGUGCGCCCUCUGGAGGAGGUGAUGGAAUAGUCAACACCAACGACACGUGGUCAUUCACUCCAAACAUAGCCAAUCUAGGUCAGGAGGUGAAGUGUGUGGCGAGCACGGCAGAGUCACAGCAACCAUUUCCAUUUGUAGCCGUGACGCUGGAUGUCUUUGCUCUUCCAGAAACCAUAUAUCUAUCUGACUCGACAACGAACUACACGUCUACUGGUGACACCUCGUACGUAGUGGCGGGUGUCGGUCACCAGUUUACUUGCGAGGUACCAGCCAUCAACCCAGGUGCUUCAUUUGUAUGGACGCUGGGCGGGCAGCACUUCACACCAGAUCGUAACAUCCACGACGAGGAUGACGAUGGACUGAUUACCAGUACCAGUAUAGCGACUGUGGUCGCCGUGGGAAGUAACCACGGUCAAACAUUGCAGUGCAGUGCUUCGAACGAGGAUGGCGCACCAGGCAUUACCACUAGUGUAACACUUCAUGUCAAAGUCCCUCCUGUACCAUCUGGCAUGUCACUGUACGAUUUCAGCGGGAACCAGCUCCAGUCCACAGUCAGGGUCGCGGAAGGAACACCAAACAACUUCACUUGUGUGGUGCGAGGAACCAGACCAGCAGCAGAUAUCUCCUGGUUCAUAGGGGAUGAUGUGCAAGUCUCAGUCGGUCCACCAGUUACAGGGAGUGACAAUUUGGUCAACACCUCGGCUACUUUUACCUUCAUCCCUAGUCGAGCAGACAAUGGUUUGGAGUUAAAGUGCGUGGCAAGCACGCCUGAUUCACAGCAACCUUUCCCGUCGGCAAGUGUCUCGCUGGAUGUCAGUGCGCCUCCCACCAACCUUUUCAUAGUGGACUCAGCUGGUACCUAUUCUUCAUCUGGUGGUACAGCAUACCUGGUGGAAGGAGAACAUCAUCGGUUUACAUGCGAAGCACGUGACAUAGAUGUAGAUGCAUCUUUCACGUGGUUGCUAGGCGGCGGGGAAAUCAUGCCUGAUAACAGCACUGACAUCGAGAGCACAGAGGGAUGGACCAACCGCACCAGUAGUGUUACGGUGAAAGCUACAGCGAGCCAGCAUGGCAAGAUGUUACUGUGCAGCGUUUCAAAUGAGGAUGGCGGUGUUGAAAUUAGUACCGGCGUCAUGCUGUAUGUGAAAGUGCCACCGAAAGCUUCCUCAAUGUUGUUAUAUGACACCGAUGGUGCCAGACUCGUUGGUGUUGUUGAUGUAGACCAAGGUGUGCCGACGGCCUUUCGAUGUGAAACUCAGGGUACCAGACCAGCACCAAUGAUUGAGUGGUUCCUCAAUGAUGUCUCGCAAAGGAUCAAAAGCCCGCCCUCUGGAGGUGGCGAAGGAUUGGUCAACGCGACCGACACGUGGACGUUCACUCCCAACAGAACCAAUCACAGACAGGAGGUGAAGUGUGUGGCCAGCACGGCAGAGUCGCAGCAAACUUUGCCGUUUGUUGCAAUCACACUAAAUGUUAAUGGUCCACCAGACACACCUAGGAUCAUCGGCAGCUUUUCAAUGAUUGAGGAUACCCCGGUCUACCUGGAAUGCCAAGCGUCAAUGGGCUUCCCAUCCGACUGGUCGCUGCAUUGGUUCAACGGAGAUUACUCUUUGCCUAGUUACACAAGUUAUUCAAUGCUGCAGGACAAUCGCUACACGCUCACAACAUCCUUACUGUUCACACCAACAAGAGAUAAUAACAGAGACACCAUUCGGUGCGUAGCGCAAAGAGAUGAGUGGCCCACCAGUCCAGAAAGCUCCGUUGGCCCCUUAGAUGUCCAAUUUUGUACUAGGAUGGUCAGCAUGACCGGCUGCCCGCGCAGAGUAGUAUCAGGCGGUGCUGUCUCACUCAGCUGUGUCACUGAGAGUACAAACCCAGCUACAAAUCUGACUUGGACGAGAGACGAUGCCGAGCUGACCAAUCGUCCUCAUCUAGUGAUAGCUGAUGGCGACUACAGUGGUCAAGUCACGACACUGGAAUUUGCGACAGAUGCACUCACUAGGACAGACAAUGGAGCUGUUUACAUGUGUUGUGCGACCCGUGAAAGAUGCAGUGAUGUCUGCGAAAGUUGUGCUCUAAAUGUUCAAUACCAUCCGUAUUUUUCUGAGCCAACUGCCAGUCCACCUGGCGCUGUUGAGGAGGGUGCGAACGUCAGCUUGUCGUGCAGCGCAGACGCAAACCCGGAGCCCCCUGACUUCAUCGCUUGGGAAAAAGUCAGAUCUGCUGACUCCCUUUCCUCUGUCUACAGCGAUGGGUCAAGCACUCUGACAUUACGCAGCGUUAGCAGGGAGCAGGCAGGGCCGUAUCGGUGCCUCGGGAACAACGGCAUACCGCCAGUAGUGUAUUCCAACCAGAUCAAUGUUGCAGUACACUAUGGAGUAAACAUCACAAACAAGGGAACUGACAACCUCGUCGAAUCCAGCGUUGGAGAAAAUGCCCUCAUGGUUUGUGUAGUCAAAGGAAACCCCCUCCCUUUAAUAACAUGGACAGGUCCAUCGGGAGCUGUAAUAAACAAUCAGACAGAUCCUGGCCGGAUCUUUCAGGUCAAUACACUCACUGGCGGGGAUGAUGUGUACGGUAAAACGGUUAGGAGCAUCUUGCACAUAACCAGAGUGACUGGUGAGGGAGACUACGGCUAUUACUCUUGUAACAGCGGGAAUAGCAUCGGCAUGGUGGACACUUUGAGAAUUCAACUGAUUAAAAGAGGUAUCGCUACAACGUUGUCAACUGUGGUCGACGUAACCACAACUACUGCGCCCCAAGUUGACGUUGAAACAACUAAACCAUCAGUUGGAGUCAGUUCGACAAACUUACCAACUACAGUAGCUCCUACUACGGCUUCACCUGUUGUAACAACUGCCAUGGUGCCAGUCACUUCAACUGCUGCAGCACCAUCUCAGCCAUCGCCGCCACAACAAGUGUCGAGCGAUCAGAACCGAACGUCACAUGACUCCAUUACAGUCACAUGGAUCCCUGGGAACGAUGGAGGAAGCCCUCAAUGGUUCUACGUCAAUUAUCGCGAUUUUCUUUCUAUGACCGACUUCGACCCCAGCACACGGAGCGACAAACUCCACGACGUCACCGAGUACACCCUUGUCGGUUUGCGUCCCUUCACUGUCUACGAGAUCGAGGUUUAUGCAGAGAACGCCAUUGGCGCGAGUCAAACUGUCACUCGCUUCACUGCAACACUUCGUGUCGCUACAACACUGGCAACCGUGGUCGACAUAACUACGACCCUUCCUGGUCUUAUCGACUCAACAACUGCACCCCCAGUUGACGUUAAAACAACUACACCAUCAGUUGGAGUCGGUUCAACAGCAACCUUACCAACUACAGCAGCUCCUACUACGGCUUCACCUGUUGAAGUUGUUACAAGUAACACGAUGCCAGUUAGUUCAACAGCUGCACCACCAUCUCAGCCAUCGCCGCCUCAACAAGUGUCGAGCGAUCAGAACCGAACGUCACAUGACUCCAUUACAGUCACAUGGAUCCCUGGGAACGAUGGAGGGAGCCCUCAAUGGUUCUACGUCAAUUAUCGCGAUUUUCUUUCUAUGACCGACUUCGACCCCAGCACACGGAGCAACAGACUCCAUGGCGUCACCGAGUACACCCUUGUCGGUUUGCGUCCCUUCACUGUCUACGAGAUCGAGGUUUAUGCAGAGAACGCCAUUGGCGCCAGUGAACCUGUCACAUUCUCUACUGCAACUCUUCAAAAACCGACAGGGAGCACACCGUGUGCGUCAUGUGCGGUAGAGACCACUACCGCGACGGGCGAAAAGGUGCAGCCUACUGCAGCAUCACCUGGAGACAAAACAACAGCCGUUAAAACUGGCGGAAAUGUACCAUCCACUUCGGUACCAGUUGGGGAUAAAACAACUGCUGUUAAAGUUGGCGAGACUUCCGCAUCGCCAGGGCGUGGUGAGGGUGUAGGUCAACCGCAAGGCAUCUCGGCACUCAUCGCCAUUAUCGUGAUUCUGGCGAUAAUUGCACUGAUUAGCAUCGUUGUGGCAGUUGUACUCUACCGAAAACGUAGGGCGGCAAACCAUGAACUAGAACUUCCAAACAAAGCCAAGAAAAAGAAAGGGAGAGGCAAACGAGACGAGGAAAAUAACAGUGUUGUCACCGAGACGGUGGAAUUUAGCGACCUGGAGCCAGAUGAAAACGUUACUUCCUUCGCCUGAGAAGCUGGUGUUGACAUGUGGAAACUCUCAUCGUGAAAGAGUAGGUGCUUUUCAGCCGGAUUUUGCUGUAAGGAUCGUAGUCAAGGAGAAACAAAAUGGCGUCAUUGAAAGGGGCGUCCCUAAACAAAUAAUGUAAUCAACUUAUGAUAUAAUUACUAAUGAUAUGUUAAUGGUAGUGACAGAGAGUUAUUUCUUAUUGGUUGUAUUGUUCUUUCUGAUUCUGUUUAUGUUUAUGCGGUUUUGGGGUUUUUUUUUUUUCAUUUUUGAAUAUGGGAAGCAUUGCACCAUGGACCCUUCUCACACUACUGGAUGAGUCAAAAGUAACUGGGCCGAAUUUAAUGAUUUGUCCUUUUUUAAUAUUCCAAUCAAUUUUGAAACACCCAUGAGUAAAUUUUAAAAGAGCAUGCUCUUCCACUCAUCUAAAAAAAAAAGAUCUAUGCUAUCGAAGUUAUGGAUUUUUUUUAAAAAGAACCCAAUUUAUAGCCAUCCAUGGAAUGCCAUUAGAAGAUAUUGAGUUGAGUGAGAAUUACAGAUUUCACGCAACCAUUCAAAUACCGAUGAGAUUUGAAUCGUUUGAAUUAAGACUGAAACAUUUUUUUCAGUCAAAUUGUGUGUUUUGAAUACGCAGAACUUAAUCAUCUUAGUGUCUGAAAUAUCAAUGGCGAUUUUGGUAUGUUUUCCUUUGCAAAUUUUCCUCUAUUCAUCGAGGUGGGAAAACGUCCAUGCUUCAUUGUAUGUAAUGGGUAUUCAUCAGUUCGUAGAACGGUAAGUCAUCACUGUGGUGGACGGGUAAAUUUUGUGAUCUUUAUUUCAAAAUAGAUGUAACUUUGGAAUAGAGUACGCAAAUGACGUGAAAAGUUCACAGUUGCUAGUCAAUAACAUGCAUUUUGUGACUUUUGUUUUAAUGAAAUGGUGCGAGUCACUUUUUUUUUCUUAUUCGGUCAAUUUCUUUUUGACUCGCCCUGUAUAGUGACAUUUUGGUUGUAAAUGCAAAUGUAUAUACGAUUUAUUAUCCCAGAUGAAUAGUGCUGAGAAAGCUAUUAUGUAUAAUGGGUUUAUUUUAACAAUCAAUUAUGAUGGGUUGGGCCUAAAUCCUUCGAUAUUUGUAUCGUUUGUAGUGGUUCUAUUUGAUUUUAACACGAAAAUAGUUAUUAAAACGCAUGGAAUGUAUGUGAAUGUUAUUAAUAUUUUUAUACUCAUAGGCCCUAAAUGCUUUCUAUCUUUAAAAACAAAUCAUUAUAUCCUAUUAGACAUGUGCUACACAAAUUUAUCUACGCAACAUAUUGUAACAUGUCUUUCGGAAAAAAAAUGAAUUUUUAAUACACAUAAUAUUAGGUGUUGCCUUUCCCAGACGUUAUUUUAUGAGCACUGCUCACGUGAGAACUCGGUUUGGACGUAGGCAUAAAUAUGCUCCGAGUACCCGUGGGUUGGCCGGUCAUGGGUUCGAUUCCAAUCUGGCUAAACUUGGGAAUUUAUUUUCUCGCAAGCUCUCAUAUAGCACUUGCGGUGUACAUGUUUCCUACGUAUAUAAAGAUUGCUAUAGCUUGUAAAAUGCUGACUGAUGGUGUUGAAGUACUAUUAUGUAGGCCUAGUUAGUUUGUUUGCUUGCUGGGUUUUUUGGUUUGAUUGUUGUGAUUUUUUUUGGGGGGGGGCAGAUGUAACGCCAUUUGUUUUCUUUUAAGUAAGUAGUCUUCCGCUUCUGCAAGUAAUUGUAUUACAAUGCACGCUAAAAUGUACCGGGCAGAUUUGAUCUGAUUUUUAACUUGACAGACACUUUGCCGGAUCAAAAUGAAACAUUUCGUGGUCAAAAUAAUACUACUCUAGUCAACCCGGAAAGAAAAUGUCAUUUUGACCCACAAAAGUGUCAUUUUGACCCGGAAAAGUGUCAUUUUGACCUGGAAAAGCUUCAGGUCAAAUAUGACCCGGAUUCCUUAUACAGUUUGACCCGGGACAUUUUAGAGCGUAAUUAUUGUCACAGUUGAUUUCCACUGAUAUAAUACAAGAUGACUGUACACGAAAAUGUGAAUAUGAUUUGUAUUGCUUCCUUUUUGGGGAGAGGUAUAUAGCCUAUGGGUUCCUUUUUUAUUAUUAUUACCAACAACAGUUUAUAAACUGUCAUUGGAGAGAGAUAAAUCAGCAAAAAUGAUUUGGAUUGGUUUUAUGAUUACAUUCUUUUAUCGAGCUAAGCUCCUGAACGAAUACUUCGACCCCUUUUACUUCGAAUAACGUAAGCAACAUAUACUGCUAUGUAUUAGUUUUGUUUUUAUUUAAUAUUUGUAUUUUGUUUAUUUUAAUUAGUGGCUUAUGAUAU